GCCACCGCUGGCGGAAGUCAGAUGGUAGAGUGACGUGACUAGUUUUUUUUCCUGCGCCCGGACUAAAGAUGGUGGCGGCCAAGGUGUGACCAGUGACUGUAUGUAUAAAGAUCAUGCAAAGCAAAGGGGCGGCCAUUUGUAUAUCGAGUUUUAGUUAGCCCAUCGGUUGUACUGAAGAAAGAAAAACGCCAGAUCUGUGACCCGCAGGCAUCAUGGUGAAUAAACUGAUUGUAGCCGAGUCUCUGGUGGUGUUCGGCAUAGUCCUGAGUAUUCACGCCGUGGUGUGGGACCGCUUCUCGUGGUGCACGUUGGCCUUAGCUGUCCAGGCUUUUUAUGUUCAACACAAAUGGGAUCGCCUCCUGCAGUCGGGAGGAGCAGUGUUUCAGUACCGAUCGUCUGCCAACAGCGGGCUCCUUCCGGCCAGCAUGAUUAUCCCACUUCUGGGUAUAGUGAUGAGGGAGAGAUGUAAAGUCUCCGGAAAUGUGUACUUUGAACGGUUUGGAGUGGUGGUAUCUGCCACGGGCAUGGCGCUGGCCUACUUCCUGUCCAUCAUUGCCUUGGGCAUCACUAAACCUUUUCCUAAAAACACCUGCAUCCUGUCUGGAGUUGCUGGAAGCGCCAUACUCUACACCAUGAAAAAUUCCCUGGCCGUUUCUGAAGUCAUAGAGGUUCUGGAAGUCCUUCUGAUCUUUGUGUACCUCAGCAUGAUCCUCCUUUACCUGCUGCCACGAUGCUUCACCCCUGGGGAGGGGCUGCUCAUUUUAGGAGGCCUGAGUUUUGUGCUCAACCAGCUUAUCAAGCGUUCCCUCAGUUCUGCGGGGGGCAAGGGAGACCCUAUUGAUUACUUGCUCCUGGUUACAUUGGUUGCUUUGGUCCUGGUGGGAAUUAUCUUCUCUAUUCUCUUUGUGUUUAUGGACUCUUCCUCGUGGACCUCCUCCCUGUUUUUCUACAUGAUGACUGCUGUCUUGGCUCUAGGAGUCUUUGUGCCUUGGCUGCAGUACCUGAUACGUAGACACCCACUUUUAUGGCUGCUGGAGUUCCUAGUGCAGUCCCACACGCGGCUGUGCUUAUUGGCCUUUUGGGUGCUGCUUGCACUCGUUGCCUGUGUUGUGGUUCUGUACCAGAAUUCCAAGAGGUCUCCAGACUCCAAGAAGCUUCAGGUUUCCACAGUGACUCGCAAAUACUUUCAUUUCCUGGCUGUGGCCACCUACAUUCCUGGGCUCAUAUAUGACCGGCAGCUACUGUUUGUGGCAUCUGUCGUUUGUUUGGCGGUGUUUAUACUCCUCGAAUACGUACGGUAUUUCCGGAUCAAACCCUUUGGCCAGACUCUACGGAACCUGCUGACUCUGUUUCUGGAUGAACGGGACAGUGGCCCCCUUAUUCUAACACACAUCUACCUUCUCCUGGGCAUGUCGUUGCCCGUGUGGCUUUUUCCCAGGGUCUGUUCCACUUCACUUACAGGCUCAUCCACGUUACUCCCAUACGCCGGGGUAUUGGCUGUGGGUGUAGGUGACACUAUCGCUUCUGUUUGUGGCAGUGCUAUGGGUGAGCUAAGAUGGCCCGGGACAAAGAAGACCUUCGAGGGGACGAUGAUGUCCAUAUUUGCUCAGAUCAUUGCCGCCGCCCUUAUUCUAAUCUUCGAUAGCAGCGUGAACCUUAACAGCGGCUAUGUCUGGAUUCUGGGGUCCAUCACUUUGGUAUCUUUGCUGGAAGCGUUCACUACGCAAAUAGACAAUGUGAUCUUACCCCUCUACCUCCAUAUACUGCUAAUGGUAUAAGGGCAGCAGGGAGAAAACAUUGUUCUUUGGCAGAGCAUCGGUACAGCCAUUUUUAAAAACACUUUAAUUUAACCUUUAGUAUGACAGACAUUGAUGUUCUGAGACAAUUUGCACUCGGUUUUAAUUAUUUACGAUUUUUCAGUUAUUUAGGUUUUUGUUCAGCAGCUACCUGGUUGCUAGUGUUUUGGUUACCUUAGCAACCAGGCAGUGGUUUGAAUAAGAGAGGAACUAUCCCGAAAAUGAAAAUUUAAUAAAAGCUUCAGCAUAAUGAAAUAAGAAACUUUAAUUGAUUGUAUUUACAAAUAUUCUGCAUUGUUUCCGAAAUAAUCAAGUUUAUCUUCACUAUUCCUCUCUCAGCUGAUUCCAGUAAUAACAAAAUAUAAAAAAAAUAACUGCCUUUUGCACAAAUCAUGCAUUUAGUGAGACCGGAUUUCUGGUGAUUUGAAUAGAGUGAUACAUCUCUAGGAAAAAGGAGCCCCCUAUAAGAUAUAUUGGAUCUUACGGUCAAUGACUAUCUGACACUCAACCGCUGCAUUAAGAGAGAGAGAGAGAAAUAGGGAAUAUAAAAUUAUUAUUUCAGAAACCAUGCAGAAUAUUUAAUUGAUUGUAUUUAGAAAGUUUCUUAUUUCAGUAUGAUGAAGCAUAUAUUAAAAAUCCAUUUAGUUCCCUUUAGAAAGAUAAGAAAUAAAAAGUAACAAGAACAGUAAAAUAGAAGCCUCACAGAGGAAGAGGUUUUUUUUUUGGUUGCUGGGGUCCCAUUUGAAAGCUGGAAAAAUAUUAAAAAAAAAAAAGGUAAAUAGUUAAAAAAGAUAUAAAAACAAAUGAAGACCAAUUGCAAUGUUGCUCGGAAAAGGACAUUCUGUAACAGCCUAAAAGUUAAUUUAAAGGUAAACCACCCAUUUAAAGGGGGCAUUUAUCCCAUUUAUAAGUAGCAUUGAUCCUCCUGUGAAUAGAUGGUACAGUAUGAAGGAAUUUAGGUUGGGUGCUGUUCUAGGUACUGAACCUCAGCCUGCCCCCUUUUCCCCCAACGAUUGGUGCAUAUGCAGACGGCCUUCUGUCCUGCACACAAAUGGCUGCUGCCCUGAUCUCCCUCAGCUCUUGUGUUUUAUCCUUUUAGUGUUUUUUUCUGUUUAAGUGCCCAUGGGUGCUACUGUAUAUGAAAGAUACAACACUGCUUAUGGCUAGCUGUUAAGGGGACACAGAUGCUACAUACAAAUUGGUUGCCAUGUUUAAUACAUACCUAAGUGCCGCUUCCACAAGUGGUGUUAAAUGGAGGCCCCAAAGUUCAGCCUGGUUUAAAGACCCUGAUUAAAACUUUCUUAUUUUUUUGAUGAUCUGUUGUCUGAUCAGUUGUGAAAGUCAGAACUUUUGGCCUCAGAUCAUGGGCCUAUAGAUCAUGGAACAAAAACCACAAUAAAACAAUAAUGUCCCAUGAUGCUCAGCAAGCACUACCCUGGGCUGGUGCCAUUUUUGAAGAGGAACACUGCCCUGUGGUAGGCGACUAGAAUCCGUGCCUAAUAAAUUGGGACCCCACAGUGAUUUAUUUUUAGCUUUUUGGGUAGAAAAGAGAGCCAGCCUGGGGUAAGUGAUUAGUGUCACAACAAAUUGGCACUGACAGUGUCUCAGGCUUUCCUUGUCCUUUAAUUAAUAAGCACAUUUUUGUAAUCCAAGUGCAUGGCUCACAUUUUAGCUCAUAUAAAGAUGUUUCUUUUAAAUACUAAAUGAAGGGCCAAGGGUUUUUGUGAUUAAAGCACCCUUAAAAUGUCUAAGUAUUGAUGUCCAGUACCAUCUUGUUUCAAAGGUGCAUGUGGCACAGCUCACUGAUUGGCUGAAGUAUUAGGUGCUGCUGGACAGCAAGCCACACCCUAACACUGCAUGAUGGAGGGACAUGCUGAUUGAUCAUCAUGGUACAAUAAAUGUGGGUAUACAUGCAUAUUUUUAUUAUUACAGGUAUGGGAUCUGUUAUCUGGAAACCCGUUAUCCAAAAAGCUCCGGAUUAUGGAAAGGCUGUCUCCCAUAGACUCCAUUAUAAUCAAUCGGUUUUUAAAAGCUAUUUCCCUUUUCUGUGCAAUAAUAAAACAGAACCUUGUACUUGAUCCAAACUAAGAUAUAAUUCAUCCUUAUUGGAAGCAAAACCAGCCUAUUGGGUUUUUUAUUUAUUGUUUAAAUGCUUUUCUAUUAGACUUAAUGUAUGAAGAUCUAAAUUACAGAAAGAUCCAUUAUCCGGAAAACCUCAGGGUCCUGAGCUUUAUGGAUAACGGGUCCCAUAUUUUUAUUAUUAUUAUUGGCACAUCAUAUAGGCACAUGUCCAACUGACACAAAUCUCAUUUAAGAUAGCAAUGUGCCUGUAUCACUUGGGCGGCUUUUAUACACGUAUAAAUGUCUCCAAAGUGCAGUGUGUAUUGUAUGACGGGUUAAUUAGCAUUAAUUGCUUACGAUACAGUAUUAAAUCAUGCAAAUGAAGCUUAAGAAUUGAAAAUAAAGUUUUACAAUCUCAAUCUUCCCUGUGAUAUCUGUAGAAGAGCUUCAAGCUCAGCCCUUGUUAUAGUUCCAAGGGCGACAGGGCAGGAACUAUAUACUCACCUCUAACUAGCUCAUAACAAGGUUACAGGUAUAGAGAAACAUUGGGGUAACAGUCACCUUGCUAUAGUUCCAGGGGUACCCAGGGUACAAAUAAGCACUCACCGAAAUCUCUCCCUAACUGACCUUCAGGCUGGACCCCCUUAGCUCAUAACAAGGUUACAGGUAUAGAGAAACAUUGGGGUAACAGUCACCCUGCUAUAGUUCCAGGGUACCCAGGGCACAAAUAAGCACUCACCCCAAAUCUCCCUCUAACUGGCCUUCAGGCUGGGUCCCCUUAGCUCAUAACAAGGUUACAGAUAUAUAGAAACAUUGGGGUAACAGUCACCCUGCUAUAGUUCCAGGGGUACCCAGGGCACAAAUAACCACUCUUCUACCCCAUAUGUUAGAUUUUACCCCCUGUCUAGUCAAAUAGCAGCAGAUCUGAUGAAUGCCUGUAAUUUAAUUUAGAGAAAUUAGUCUUGUGUUGAUUUUUAUUUAUUUAAAAUCUUUUUAAAAAUAUGUUCUGAAACAUAUGUCAUGCACACCAAAAAUAGCUUUUCUUGAUUCUAUGGAAUAUAAUGAAGUCUCAUGUAAUAUCUGUAUGCAGUAUUGACUUGCCCCUGAGAGGCUGGGAGGGGGGGGUUUGUUACGGGUUCUGCUAAUUCUUCCCAUGUAAAUGGAAUCGGUUUUCUGUUAUAAUAAAUUCUUUGAAUAUUCUGUAAAA